CACAGAGAUUGUCUCAUUUCAACUGGAAAAGUAAAUCCAACUUAUAUAUAGAAAGUAGCCUUUUGAGAUUCUCACAAUCUCUCUCUCUCUCUCUCUCUCUCUCUCCGUCUAUCUGUCGAUUGGUUUUGGUUCUUAGGGUUUUCCCAGUGAUCAUCUUUCAAGAAACAGUCAGAGAAAGAGAGAGUGAAGAUUGGGGAGUCGACUCAUUAAUGGAGGAUCCAAUGAGAGGAGGAAGACACGACUUGCAUUUGGCUUCAAGAAAAGCCGAAGAAGCAGUUUGGAGGCGAUCCCAAGCUACACAAUGGCUGGAUGUCUUUGUCGGACCACUAGGUAUAUCGGCUCAGCCAACGGAGAGCGAGUUUAUUUCUUGCUUGAGAAAUGGCUUAGUUCUAUGCAAUGCAAUUAAUAAGAUACAACCAGGAUCAGUUCCAAAGGUCGUUGAAAUCCACACACCUUCGCCAUCUCUGACGUGGGAUUCUCAGCCAUUGCCUGCGUUUCAGUACUUUGAAAAUGUUCGGAAUUUCUUGGUGGCGGUUGAAGAAUUGAAGCUUCCAGCUUUUGAAGCAUCUGAUAUUGAAAGAGAUAACUUGGAAGUGGGCUCAUCAGCAAAGGUUGUUGAUUGCGUUCUAGCCCUUAAAGCAUAUUAUGAUUGGAAGCAGGCCAGUGGAGGCAAUGGAGUUUUUAAGCCUCCAAGAUCUCCCCUGGUUAUACAUUCUACAAGUAGAAUUCACUCCCGAGCUUCAGGAGGGAUCUCCUCAGGCCCCUGCAGACAAUUGGACAUGUCAACAGCUUGUAACAAACUACAUGUAGAUAGUGAAACGCAGAAAGCUGAAGAUAUUGUCAAUUUGCUUGCCAAGGCUAUUGCUGGACGUAUGCUUGAUGCAAAGGAAAACAUAGAUGAUAAUCUUCUUUCUUCCUUUCGUAACGGAAAUCGGGAUGUGAUUAAGUUAUUUGGCACAAUGAUGUCAAGUUUCUUGGACGAACAACUUCAAAACAAAUCUCCUGAGGAAAUAUCUACCUUUAAGGAUCUUCUGGGACGUGGUUGUUCAAUUGCUCAUCCAACAUCAAAGCCCAUGGAAAGUUUUUCUAUGAGAAAUAGAAAGCAGUAUUGCAGAGCGUGCUUGAGAAAGGAUAACUGCAAACACUGGCAUCUUUUUCAAGAGCAGGGAAAAGAACUUUCAAAUCUCAAGGAACUGCUGUCCAAAACAAAGAGGGAGUUUGAAGGCUUACAAUCUCAGUUACGAAGUGAUAUGAAGCAAAUAGGAAAUCAAGUACAUGAGCUGUCUACUGCUGCUCUUGGCUACUAUAAGGUUGUGAAAGAGAACAUGAGCCUAUACAACAUGGUUCAGGAUUUGAAAGGGAAUAUUCGGGUUUACUGCAGAAUUAGACCUUCAUUCAAUGAUGAAGGAAAAGAGGUGGUAGAUUUUAUAGGUGAUGAUGGUUCAUUAAUUGUUCAAGACCCAUUUAAAUCCCAAAAAGAAGGGAGGAAGAUUUUUCAAUUCAAUCGCAUUUUUGGACCAACUACUACUCAGGAGGAGGUAUUCAAGGACACUCAACCAUUUAUUAGGUCUGUAAUGGAUGGUUAUAAUGUCUGUAUUUUUGCCUACGGUCAAACUGGAUCUGGCAAAACAUAUACUAUGUUUGGUCCUUCUGGUGAAUCAACCAAGGCCUUGGGAAUCAAUUAUCUAGCUCUUAAUGAUCUCUUUCAGCUAUCUAACAGGAGGAAGGACGUUGUAAAAUAUGACAUUCGUGUUCAGAUGGUUGAGAUAUAUAAUGAGCAAGUGCGGGAUCUUCUUGCACAAGAUUCUUCAACCACAAAAUAUCCUUUUAUAUUGGCAGUUGCCCUGAAUAUUCUAGGUUAUAUCUCCAUUUUCCAUAAUUUGGCAUUCUUGACAAUCAACAAAUUAGAAAUUCGUAGCUGUACUAGCGAGAAUGGUCUGAGUCUACCUGAUGCGACAAUGCAUUCUGUAAAAUCCACCAUUGAUGUGCUUAACCUGAUGAAACUAGGUGAAGUGAAUCGUGCUGUCAAUUCCACUGCCAUCAACAACAAAAGUAGCCGUUCCCACAGUGUCUUAACAGUACAUGUGCAUGGGAAGGAUAUAUCUGGCAGUACCAUUCGCAGUUGCCUCCAUUUGGUGGACCUUGCUGGAAGUGAACGUGUUGGCAAAUCAGAAGUUGCAGGGGAUGGUCUCAAGGAGGCACAGUACAUAAAUAAAUCCCUUUCUUGUUUGGGAGAUGUGAUCACAGCCUUGGCUCAGAAGAGCUCUCAUGUUCCUUACAGAAACAGCAAGCUUACUCUACUGUUGCAGAACUCAUUAGGAGGACAUGCAAAAACAUUGAUGUUUGCUCAUGUGAGUCCUGAAGCAGGUUCUUUUGGGGAAACAAUCAGUACUCUGAAGUUUGCUCAGAGGGUCUCAUCUGUUGAUCUUGGUGCAGCUUCUAUGAACAAAGAGAGCCACGAGGUCAUAGAACUCAAGGAACAGAUUGAGAGCCUCAAGAAGGCAUUGGCAAGCAAGGAAGGAAGGAGGAAUGAUCAAGUUGUUAAGCCGAAGGAGUCAAGAUCACCACUUGACAAUCCACAAGCAAUGACUGAGCGUACUCCUCCACGCUCCCAAUGGUUGAGUAUUGAACAUUGCAGUGCAAUGAAAAUGGAAAAAUCAAUGAACUCUGUAGACAGAAAGAGAAUCAAAACCCCUUCUGUAAAAACUCGCUCACGGAGAUUAAGUUUAGAAGGUCCAGGACUAGUUCGCAAGGAGGAUUCUGCACGGAUUAAGCUCUCUGAGGCUGUGGCCAAGCCUUUGCUGUUCGAAGCGCUGUCCUCAAUGAAAAAUGGCCAGCUUCAAGAUGUUGGAGCAGCCGCAAAGUCACACGGGCACCAUAAUGGUGUAUCCUUGAUGGACGCACAUUAUCAAAGCCGCAGCCCAACUAGCGUUGGUUACAAGAGUAGCCUAGUGGCAAAGACUGAUGGUAGAACAAAAAUUCCAACUCUUCAACUCCCAAAGACACCUGAGGCUCCAAAAGUUGCUAGAAACAAAGUUCAAAUGAUGAUGAAAGGAGGUGAGUCCAACCGUUCAAACGAGGCUCAAAUGCCCGAAUUGUCUAGCAGCAGUACAAAUGGAAAAGGAUCUCAGAUAAGGAAAUCACUUCGUACAAUUGGGAAGCUCAUUAACGGCUCUGAGAAAAGGAACCAACAAAAACUAGUUGAAGCAUCUCCAAUCAAUGGCACGCGCAACAUUUGUGAUGCAAGGUCACCUGUUUCGGCUAAUGCAAGGGCACAGAGACGACAAUCACUAACAGGUGGGGUUCAAACAUCAGACAGGUCCAGGAGAUCUUCACUUGGAGGGAAAUCAACCGACUCCUGCUCAAUUGAAACUAGGAGUUCCAAGACACCACCUCCACUCCGCCCAUCUGCCAAGACAUUGGCGCGAUGACAAUAGAUUUUGAUUAUUUGUAUUGAGCUGACGGGAGAAUAAUGGUGCUUCCACUCGAAGCCCAUAUCAUGACAAUGACAUUUGAUUUAGGGAAGAGCCAUAGUUCCUGUCAAUGUAGCUCUAUACCCAGGGAGUAGGAAGACUUGAGGAGAACUAUUUUGUUGCUUUUAGGCACAAAGGUUAAUAAUUGUUCAUCAUCUUGAUUCCACAACAGCUCAUUUUUCUGUGUACUGGUUGAUAAAUGAAGUUAAUCUCAUUGCAUUCUUUGAUUUUAGAGGAUUGGUUAGUGAGAAGAAGCAUCAGUAAUUAGAGUUAGACAACCAAAAAGGGCCACGGUCCAAGUUUAAUGUCUUUCUCUGGGUUGUGCUGCAUUUGGCUGCCGAUUGAAAUACCCACUUGCUGACAUUCUUGUCAAUUCAGAAAGUUUGAGAAUAUCUGCAGUAUUAGGUUCAUGAAGUCAUGAUCAAGUUUAUGAAAAAGGCU